CAAUUCUCCGCGUUCAGGAGAGACAAUAGUCUCCCAAGCAAAACUCAUGCUUCUCGUAGCUUCAUUGUCUUGGUAUCUAGUCUACCGGUCAAACUUAAGGUCGUAUUUACUGUAUACGCUGCGGGGCGGCGAUUCGUGUGCUACCUGAUAUGUAAACGUUACACCAACCCCGUAUUAUAUGAGCUUAACUAUGCUAGUAUCAAGUAUUUCUGGGUAAAAUAAUACCCAUCCAGCGACUACUCAUUCGUCGCAUCGGCCACGUUGCUGACCGCAUCUGCAGGAUAUUAUUGCCUGACUUCUCUCCGCAGAGUAUGGCAUGAUACUCAAAUGGCCGAUCUAUACUCACAUGUAACUAACUGCCUGCCCCGCACGAGCUCCUGCUUUCUGCUUCCUGCUUCCGUGCAAGCAUCAGUAGACAUGAGCAUCCGACUCACUGCUGAUGAAUUCAUGCUCAGGCUAAGCUCGGCUCUGCAGAAGGACCACAGUGGAGAGCCGGAAGAUCAUUCAGUGUGCUCGGUGAACCUCUCGUCGAGUCGUCGACUCGUCAUCACCUCACUCUCCACCGGCUAUCAAAGCACUGAUGCACCAAUCUUCUGCAAAUCACAUCAUUUGCAUGAGAUCUGCGUCCUUGCAGAAACGAAGGAAGAACCGAUGACCAUUGAUGAGGCCCUGUCGAGGGCGACAAAACGGAGGAGGCACUUGGACGACAUGGAUAUCAAAACACCAGGGGGUCUGGACACUGCUGGGGUGUCGUCUGGGAUGGAGCAGCCCAGGGUCGCCUUUCGUUUGGUGCGGUUGAUCGUCGUCUAAUCCAUGCACCUCAGAACCAGUUACGUAGCACUUCCUCAGUUUGACCCUGUUGGGGAGCAAGGUACUUUUUCUCUCUCGACAGGGACAUGGCACUUCACAUUCAAUUCGCCAGCAGCUAAACAAUUUGAAUCAAUCUAUCCGCUGUUUCCUCCGGUUCUCGUCGAUAACUCGAUACACGGUACACCGAUAUAUCGGGAUCUUCCGGAGCAACAUGUGAUCCGGAGCGGCGCCUCCUUCUCCGGCGCCAGUCGCUGCUCAUCCCCACCAACUGAUGCCAAUAUCAUUCUACGAUUGCCAUCGCCUCAACUCCUCGGAUCUCUUAACUGGUCCUGUACUCCAGGUAGGAACAAUUACAUUCCUCCAUUACUAUUGUCUAGGUAACGAUGAUGUCGCCCUAUUUCACAGAUUCGUCGCCUUGACGCAACCAUGAUAUCAUGAACCUUUCUAUAAAAAUCAACAACCUAAAAUAAACUUUGCGCGUG